AUGGACGAAGUACCGGUAGAUUUAAAGGCUCUGCCAGUAGUAGAUGGCCUGCUCAUUGCGUACAUUGCACUAGGAGUCAUGGCAGUUAUUCCGAUCUAUUUUGGGUCAUUUGCCAGUCUCAAAUUCAAAAAGGCUGGAAAAGUCGCUAAUGGAAUUGCUGCUCCUCUGUUACCAGUAGAAGACGACGAGGAGGUCGAAUUCUUCAGUUUGGAAGACGCCAAGAUGUUUCCCAUUCUGGGCUCUGCUACACUUUUCAGCUUGUAUCUUCUGUUUACAUACUUUGACAAAGCAUACGUCAAUGUUGUCUUGACAGGUCAGAUCACGAUCAACAAUCAAGAGUUUGCUACGUACUUUGCACUGCUUGGUGUAGGGGCACUCACUAAAAGUGGACUGGCUAUUGCUCGGAAGGCCACAGGGUGGGAGCUGAAGGGUGAUUAUCGACUCGAAAUGUUUAAGCAACAUAAAGAAAUCCUAUCGUUUCACUUUGGGAUCUUUCAUUGUGUCUUGCUGGCAUCCUCUAUCGUUAUUGGAGCAUACUAUGCCAUGACCAAACAAUGGAUUGUAUCCAAUAUGUAUGGUGAAGCAUUAGCUACAUCAGCUGUGACAAUGCUCAAUCUAGACUCGUUCUUGACUGGAAUCGCUCUCCUUGUUGGACUCUUCUUUUAUGACAUCUUUUGGGUAUUCGGAACAGAUGUGAUGGUCACAGUCGCAAAAUCAUUCGACGCACCCAUCAAAGUAGUCUUCCCAAAGGACAUAGUAGCACUCAUAACAACCGGUGUCGCCAAAGGGAAUGAAUUCACCAUGUUGGGAUUAGGUGAUAUCGUCAUUCCAGGCAUCUUUGUAGCUCUCUGUCUCCGCUUUGACCAGUACAACUAUGAGCAAACUCAGAACGGACGUAAAAAUCCUCGCAGCACGGCAUUCCCUAAACCGUACUUCACAGCUUGCUUUGUUGCUUAUGCUAUUGGAUUGGUCACUACUGUUGCUGUGAUGCAUACUACGAAAACUGCUCAGCCUGCACUUUUGUACCUGUCACCAGCAUGUACCCUGUCAGUGCUACUGACUGCUUUAAUUCGAGGUGAAUUGAAGCAGUUAUGGGCAUAUUCUCCUGAUAAAGACGUUGUGAAAAAGUCAGACAAGGCAGACAAGAAGGCUGGAGGUGCCGCUAAAGUUGCUGCUUCUGCUUCAUCGUCUCGUAAGAAGCCCACUACUACGACUAUUGAAGAUACAGAAGACGAAGAAGACGAUGAAGAAGGUGAUAUAAAACCUGAAGAGACUGAAAUCAAUGAAACAAGAACGACGAGGCGUUCUACCCGGUCAAUGAACAGCACUGCCGCUAGCAAGAGUACUACAGCUGGAGGAGGAGCAGCAAGUAGAAAAUCCAAAAGAUCUCGCAAGGAGAAAUCAUAUUCAGAGUAA